AUGCGCCACUCUGUUCAGCAAAUCUCAUCAAGCGAACUCAAGUCGCCUCCAGACCAUUCAUCAAUUUCUCUGGAUCAUAGCCGACUUAGGUCUGUGGCGUCUAACCAGCUUGGGCAAGAGACGACCAGUACUUCGUCGGUACAACAAACCAAGGAACAAGUCAUACACUCUCGGGCUCAGUUCAUAGUUACUUGUUGCUGUAUGUUCGCGAUAGGAUUUAAUGACGCCUCUGCUGGUCCACUUUUGCCUCGUAUGCAAAGCGUUUACCAAAUAUCGUUCCUCAUUGUUUCUUUGCUCUUUAUCUUUGCCUGCGUGGGCUUCAUUCUCGGAGCAUGUUUGAACGUUCUUGUAUCAGAGCAUGUGACUUUUGGAAAGGUAACAAUGUGCUGUACUGAGUCAUGUAUUCUUCAGAUGAUUGCGUUCACGCUGGCCAUUCCUGCUCCUCCCUUUCCUGUCUUUGUGUUAGGGUAUUUCAUCAAUGGCAUAGGGUCAGCUCUACAGAUAGCUCAAGUCAACGGGUAUCUGGUAGUAAUGGGCCACAAUGUUAAUUUGAAAGUAGCACUGUCGCAGGCAUCCUAUGGUGCCGGGGCAUUUGUCGCACCUUUAGUUGCAACGCAAUUUUCUGCUAUGCGCCACUGGUCAUUCCACUACCUUGUCUCCCUUAGUAUGGUGACCACAAAUGCAUUUUUGACUUCGGCAAUUUUUCGUCUUCAAUCUAAAGAAGACUGUAGGGCACAACUUGGACUUGAAGCCAUGGAACCUGAGACUUCAGAACAUAGUCCAUUUAGGCAGAUAAUGAACCUGAAGAGUGUACAUAUUCUGGCAGCUUUCAUAUUUUUGUACGUUGGUACCGAGGAGCUUUUCAGUGGAUGGACUGUGACCUACAUCAUUCAACAGCGCGAUGCAGGCGCUCGUUCUGGUUAUAUUGCUUCAGGGUUUUGGGGAGGGAUAUUGCUAGGUAGGAUAAUACUAAUCCCCUUGAAUAACUGGCUCGGAGAUCGACUGGUCAUGUUGAUUUAUAUUGUACUGGCUAUUGGGCUCGAAAUCGUCGUCUGGUUGGUCCCCUCUCUCAUCGGCAAUGCUGUCGCUGUUUCUCUUGUUGGACUCUUUUUUGGGCCUAUGUUUCCAGUUGCUUUGAGCGCGUCUCGAAAAGUUAUUCCGCGAUGGAUAUACACUGGAGCUAUCGGCUGGAUCACUGGAAUAGGACAGGCUGGAAGUGCCGCGUUACCAUUCUUAACUGGUGCCCUUGCCGACGCUGUGGGUAUUAGCAGUUUGCAGCCUUUAUUAGUGGGGAUGAUGUCAGCUAUGAUUGCGAUGUGGCUGCUUGUACCUCGACCGACGAGACCCGAUUGA